AUGACCCAGGCUGGAUCAGUUGGGCGCUCGAUGGAGCGGAGGAGAUCCAGGACGCGGUGGUCGAAGCUUCGACUCUGCUUUCUCGGUGCGUUGGUGUGCGUCGUCGGUGCAACGGCGGCAGCCUUCUGCGGAAGCCGGCCGGAAGUCAGGCAGCCAGCGAGGCUCCGCUCGCUGGGCACGGCCCUUCGCCGCCCCGCCACUGCCACACGGCCGGCCGAGGGCUCCAUUCUGGACCGGCCGCCCCAGGUUCUUGCAGAGGAUGCGUUGAAGCUGCUUCAAGAGUUCGGCGAAGUUGCGGCCUCCACUGGCAUGGAGAUGGGCCUGCGUCGAGGGCUUCAGGCCGCGCAGGCCGCUGCCGCCACGGCUGCCGAGGUCGCACGGAAACCGCCGGCAGAAUUGGACGAAGCCUUUGUGGCGAAAGUCCUGCGCAAGCUCUUUGAGCGGCUGGGGUCGACGUACGUCAAGCUUGGCCAGUUUAUCGCUUCCUCGCCGACUGUCUUCCCGGCGCCGUAUGUGAAGGAGUUCCAACGCUGCCUGGACUCCACGAGCACCGUGUCCUUUGUAGAGGUCAAACGCAUCAUCGAGCGCGAGCUGGGACGGCCGCUGCGUGACGUCUACGCCUACGUAGAUCCGACACCCCUCGCAUCGGCUUCCAUCGCCCAGGUCCACACGGGCCGUCUGCGCGACGGUAGCGAAGUGGUGGUCAAGGUGCAGAAGCCUGGCAUCGAGGAGGUCCUGAAGACGGACCUUGGCGUCGUAUACCUAGCUGCGAGGAUUUUGGAGUUCAUCAAUCCGGACCUGAACAUCCGCGGGUCGCUGGCAGACAUCGCCUCCGACCUGCGGCAGUCCAUGCUCGGAGAGCUUGAUUUCCGAGAGGAGCAGAAGAAUCUGGACGUUUACAGAGAUUUCCUCGAUGAGAACGGCUUGACGGCCAUCGCUGUCGCGCCGAAGCCCUACCCAGAAGCUUCGUCCAAGCGCGUGCUGACAAUGGAGCGCCUUUCCGGCGUGCCUUUGGUGGACCUGGAGGGGAUCAAGAAGUACACCGCCGAUCCAGAGGCAACUCUGGUGAAUGCCCUGAAUGUUUGGGCCCUUUCCGUUCAGAAGUGCGAGUUCUUCCACGCAGAUGUCCAUGCCGGAAACCUGCUGGUGCUCGAGGAUGGUCGCGUCGGUUUCAUUGACUUCGGCAUCGUCGGCCGCCUCUCGCCACAGAUGGCCACGGGCAUCGACAAGCUGAACACCGCGCUGGCAGUCAGUGAUGCGCGGGGUAUGGCCAAUGCGCUCAUCUCUAUGGGUGCAACAGUUGGCGAGGUUGACGAAGAGGCUUUUGCGGCAGACAUCCAGAAGCUCAUUUCUUCGCUGGGAAACACUUUGGACAACAGUACCGACAUGGCGGUGGAUGAGUCCAAGAUCCAGGACAUUGUCCUGGACAUCGCCCAGGUGGCUGGGAACAAUGGCCUGAAGCUCCCUCGGGAGUUCGGCCUACUCAUCAAGCAGUCGUUGUACUUCGACCGGUACACGAAGCUCCUGGCUCCAGACCUGAACAUGAUGUCCGAUGAACGCAUCGCGAACUUCGGACAGGACUGUCGCCUUGAGUUCGGGCUCGUGGGGCCCAAAGCCUAA